CAUGUGCUGUUAUUUAUUUAUUUAUUUAUUUAUUUUCCAGAAAUGGCAUUUGUUUUUCUUUAUUACCACAAAUCAAGAAAGGAAAUUCCACAGAUGUCCCAUUACAUUAAAUACAAAUUUGAACAAACUUUUUUUUUUUAAACUUAACACCGCUCUAUGUAUUGAAGUUGUUUGGUAACACAAGAUCGGGAUCGAACCAGGGAUCUCGUGCUGUAUAGUGCUGCUUGAAUAUCCAAUGCAGUAGUUAUAAAGUAGUUAUUUUUUGCAGUAGUUUUUUUUUUUUUAAGGACUUACGCAAUAAACCCUGCAGUCGGUUUCCACGGCAUUAAAGCAGGCUUUUAUUUCCCAUUUUGUUCUAAUCCGUCCGAUUUCUGCAGGGAUUAGCAGACCAAUCGUGAAUAUUGAGCGAGAGUCGACAUGUUUCAUGAUAGAGGUUUAUCAUUACCAGUACGGGUGGAUGUGGCCAGGAUUGAGACAUGUCUUGGACCUAUUUAGGAGGCAUAUAUUUAAGUUUAUAUGUACAGAGAUAAAGGCCAAAAUGAUGAUUUAACUCCAUCAGCGAUGGUGAAGGAACUGCAAAUGGAAUAUCGCAAAAGGGUCUGCCACUGCUAAGGAAAGAAGAAAAAGGAAAAGAAGAUCUCUGUGAUCGAGCACUACAAAGCAGUGGCAUGGAGACGCAGUGGCAUGAAAUUGCACCUCGCUCAGACGGCUGCUGUAAUUCUCACUCAGACUCAGCUGUAUCUGCCUUGCAGUCAAAAUUCAAGGAAAUAUCACAGAGGCGGUCUAAAGGUAAAGAGAUGCCUGACGUUCCUCUUGAAGGUCCAUCGGAACCUUUGCAGAAGAAAUCAGAUAAGGAACCGUCGUCUUUGAGCAUCCCUGAAGUCAAGUUCUUUAAGUCGAGCGCCGGCUCUGAUGUGGUUCCUGAAGUACAAAACCGAAAAAACAAGGAAAAAAAACAGGAAAUGGAAGGAGAUUUAAUUCCCAGUUUUGACUCUAGCCUUGGCGGAGGAUCUCGAAUGGAUAGUUUAACAACAAGUGAAGAUGGUGGCACCAUUCUGUCCAAGACAAUUUCUUCUCAGAGGUAUCGGACAACUCUGAAAAGUUUCUGGAGAGCGGCACAUCCAAAGACCAUUGUUUCAAACAGAGAGGUUGCUUCUUUACCGAUUACCAUGAAGAACCUCAUAAUUGCCAGCGAGGAGGAGCAGAAACUCAGACUCAGAGGUAACAUGGUUCAUAAAGAUUUGCCACGCUCGGAGAGUGCUUUUGAAAAACCUUUCCAAAAGGAACAAAUUCCACCAGAUGAAUCAGAGAGAGAAGAAAUUUCAGAGUCAGAGAAAGCCCAUACCACCAAGCCCAUUUUGGUCAUGCUUGCAGAAGGACAGUAUCAGCCUCCACUGGUAAACAAAGAUUUACCUCCUUCUUAUAAAGCGUCUAACUGGGAGCCAGCAAUAAUCACUGGAACGGAGAACAACGUUAGAGCCGACUUCAUUCUAAGCCCACGUCACGAGCAGGCAAAGCGUUUGUUGGAGAGAGCCAGAUUAAAGGCUCGCUCUCAGUACCAAAAUUGUGACCAUGGUACUCAAACAACUCAGAGAGAAGUCGCGGAGUUGUUACCAGUGCAUAAUACACCACCACAGAUCAUCACAGCUACUCAUGAGCAGAAAUUAUCUCUGCCUGUCCAGCCGCAGGAUGUCCGAAGGAGGAACCGUGAGCACAAUGCUUACUUGCGAAGGCGAGGGCAAUUAUUCGGUGAUAUAAACUUUGAGGAUGAGUCAAAGAAAGAGACAGAGCGUCACUACCUAGAUAAAGUUUGUAAGCGUAGGCUGGGGUUGAUGGACAGUUCACUAUCCUACCAGCAAAUAAAGGCAGGACUGCCUCUCAUAGUCGAACAAGGGGUCAGAGGUUUAGGAUCAAGCCAGGGAAGUGUAGAAAUUCCAUCAACCAUUCCGACUAAUCAAGGAGAACCCUCUCUUGAGACUUUGCUGUGCAAGGAUAAGCCAAAGAAAUGUGAAGCUUGUGGGAGCAUCCUGAUGUCCAGUCAUCCCAAAGAACCUAGUCAAAAUGCAAAGGGACAGAAAAGCUCAGAUAAACCGUUGACUUCUGGUCAAUCAAGUCAUCAAAUCAUUCAACCAAACCUGUUAGAAGCUACUAUUUUGACUGGAAGUUCCAGCCUGGAUGAGAAUGACGAGGCUGCAGGACCAAGUGACGCUGGAGAGAGAGUAUCAGCUUUCGGCAAGCUUCGCAGGCGGAGUCGCAAAGGGGAAAACAGAGUCGAGACGAGUCACGGCCCUUAUGCUCGUGGUCAAGAUCUCUUAGCACAACGUAGGAAUUCUAGGACCAGAUCCAGUCUGGAGGAGGUAGCUGGGCCUCGUUCCAAACCCGCACGAGGAGUUACUUUUGCUAUUGACUCAUUUAUACCGACAGUAACAAGUUCCAGAAACUAUAGAGAUAUAGAAACUCCUUCCCUGAAACAGCUGCCUAUCAAAUCAGCUUUGAAGUCUGGUUCCAAGAGCAGGCCAUCAGAUCUACAAGGUGUGAAGUAUUUGUCUUCAGUUCAGGAAGUGGAGAGAAGUCUUCACUAUGCUGCUUCUACCCCUCAGGACCUUGGUGCACCUUCUCAGGUGUCACAAGUCUCCUCAGGACUCACUCCUUGUAUUAAACCAUCCUCUCUCAGAUACUCCUCACCUGUGGGAACUCCAGUAGAGCCAGUGGAUGCCCUUACACCAAGUGAAGAUCCCACCUGCGCUGCAUCUCAUCCAUCAGAUUGCCGGCCGAUUGUCCGAGGUAUCGCCAUGUCAAAGACUGAGGACUUGAGAGCAGAACUUCUGAGAUCAGAACAUCGCAAAGCUGAAUUACAGUGGGAUGUAAAUUUUUGUGCAUCAAGGAGAACAUUGGAGAAGGAAGGGCGAACCAAGCUCUCCCUACGCCGUUUUUUCUCAGCCAUGGGCCUUAACAGCAUGGGAAUGAUUAGGAAGGGCAGCCGGUCCAGCAGCAUGGAGCACCUGUCACUCUCCUCAGCCAGAUCUUCUCCAAGCCCAACUCAUAAAGGCCAAUCUCUGUUGCAAAGAACGCCCUCUCUUCAGGCCCUUCAUACUGAGUCCCCUCUUGCUCAGUUGCGUAAAGCUUCUUCUGUACAGAGCCUGCAGUCUCCAAAGAAGAAAUAUGAGUGCUCAGCUGUUCUUGGAGAUCUUCAUUUGCCUCUUAUUCUGGGACCCAGAGAUCUUCAUGUUAAUAAAGGAAUGGAAAUCGUAGACACAGCUCAAAUUUCAGGGCCAAUGGGACGGAUAAUUCAGACCUUCCCUGAUAGCUCUUUGUUGCUAGAGCUCACGAGACCAGACAAUGCACCUUUCGGCUUUGUCAUCUCUAGAGGAAAAGGUCGACCGGACUCAGGAAUAUAUGUUGAACAAGUGGCCGGCAGUUCCACAGAGAACAUCUACACCAGCCUUCUGGGAGUAGGAGAUGAAAUCCUUGAGGUAAACGGAGAGAAGGUGACUGGACUGAGUCUUGAUCAGGUGACCUGCCUGAUGACCUGCGAAAGUACGGCUACUGUCCGGAUCCUUCCACAUCGCUGGAUUCAGCACUGAACUGAAAAUCCAAGACUAAAGAAAAGAUCCAAGCUGUUACUAUUAAAACAAUGAUUACUUUCCAGUCCAAAUGAAUCACUAAUGCUGUUGUAUAAAGAUAACAUAGACUUGAAAUGUAUUAUGCGUUAUAUGUAAUGCACAUACAUACCUCGGCUAGGAACCUUAAAGGCAGGGUCUCCGAUUUUUGAGAAAUGUUUCAAGAAAACUGAGUCGGGCCGAUAAUAAAAAAAAUUCAGCAGUAAGUGAGCAGAAAGGGGCGUGUCUUGUCAAUAUGUGGCGGAGAGA